CAGAGUGCUACAUGUGAAGAAGGCCUAGGAACUAUCGAAUCAAGCCGUGUUUCCUGUCGGAAUGUAAAAUGUGACGGAAAAAACAGCAAAUUACGCCUUUUCUUGUCUGUAGCCGCAGUUUAGCAGGUCACAGACUGAGUAGAGUCCAAAAUGAAGGCAGCAGUAAACCAGAAGCUGACAGAAAUGGGAGAGAGAGACAGACUGAAGGAGUUACUGAGAGCUAAGCUCACUGAGUGUGGAUGGAAGGACCAGAUGAAGGCUCACUGCAAAGAGGUCAUCAAACAGAAGGGCUUGGAGCAUGUCACUGUGGAGGACCUUGUUGUGGAGAUCACCCCUAAAGGAAGAGCUUUGGUGCCAGACAGCGUCAAGAAGGAGCUUCUACACAGAAUAAGAGCCUUCUUAGCGCAGCAUACCAAGUAAUUUAGCCUGAAUGUUGCAUUAGACCACUUGCCUAUACUCUCAUAAUACAGAUGUCUAUUUUUGUGAAGUAAUUUACUUGAAAGAUAUUUUUUUUCCAUUAUCUUGAUUUUUUUUAGUAACUUAGAGUACUGACUCAGAUUUGGACACUCAGCUGCGUGGUCACCGACAUCUACAGUUAGUGCCUGCACUUGUUCCAUAUUUGUAAAUGCAUUUACCUUGCACAUGUAAUCGUCAUUUGUAUAUGAAAUGUUCCGUUUAAAUAAAGUUUUAGAUUUAUUUGA